UCCGUGCUCCUGUGGUAAUGGUAAACGCUCGUGCUCGAUGGCUGGCAGCAGCUGCCGAUGCGUCAACGGAAAGAUGUACGAACCUGACAAGGAUGUCUGCGCCAAGGAUCUCGAUAAGUGCGAAUUCAAGCCUCCGAGUGGGUGCCAGCCGUGUAACUGUGAUAAUGGUAAACGCUCGUGCUCCAUCGCUGGAAGCACCUGCCGAUGCGUCGACGGAAAGAUGUACGAACCGGACAGGAAUGUGUGCGCCAAGGAUAUCGAGAAGUGCGCAUAUUACUACAAAGCCAGCGGCCGGCGCACGAUAUUCCCAACUCAAGGACUUGUCAGCCACCGCCGCUCGUUCUUCCGUCCUGCCGCAUUUUUCAGCCGCUGCAAGACGUGCGACUGUGGAAAUGGUAGACGCAGGUGCUCGAUCCCUGGCAGCAGCUGUCGAUGCGUCAACGGUAAAGUGUACGAACCUGACAGCGACGAGUGUACUGAGGACAUGGAACACUGCAAAUUUUACGGGAGAUCGCGAAGAGCCCAAGCGAAAUUCAGGAAUCCGGACGUUGUUUUGGUGUAAAGUGACUUGUAAAAAAAAUCACCAUGGCACAAUUGGAACAUGUAAGCGUCAAAAACGUCGCGAAUGCAGCACCAAGAAAACGCCAUUUUUAGCAAAUA